AGGUGUCAAGUAUAUAAAAUCUCAUUUACGGAUCAGAGCCGCUGCGCCAAAACGCAUCGUUUCGCUUUUCAAUUCUGAGAAAUAAAGAAGCAAGUUAUUACCAGCAAGUCCAGUUGGUCAAUCACCCUCCACGAGGUCUGCGUUCUCCUUCCUCCUCUCUCCCAUCUCUGCAACGUCAUGGAUUUGAAAUCUCCGGAAAAGAACUCCACGGAGUUAACUAAUCCAACUCCCCUUCCCCCGCAAAACCCUAAAACCCAAACUGGAUCAAAACCCAAAGAUAGAGACUUGUUAAACCAUCUCGAAGCUUACCUUGCAAGGAGAGACGGAGUGGACAAACUCCUCAAGAUUUCCAGGUACGCCACCAAGAUUAUCUUAGCCUCCUCCGUCGUACCGGAAGCCCUCACCCUGAAUCGUCGCCUCAAGAGCUUCGAGUCCAGUGUGGGACUUAGUCGGAAAGCGUUUCGACUCGGCAAAUUCGUGCAGGACUUGAAUGCGUUAAGGAACUCGCAUUUCGAUUCAAAGCAAGAGAUCUUCUUCUCAAUUAUCGCCUACGGGGGCGAGGGUGUGUAUUACUUCGUUGAACAAUUCGUUUGGUUAGCAAAAUCUGGUUUGAUCGACAGUAAACAUUCGCGUAACUUGCAGAUAAUCAGUGCUUGGGCGGAGUUCAUUGGUUACUUCGGGAGUAUUGCACUUAAGAUAAGGGAUUUGAAGAAAAUAAUGGAGGACGAGGCAUGUUUGAAAUCGAGUAUUGAGAUCUCGAUUUCCAGGGGAAUUUCAUGCAAGGGGAAAGAGGAGAAGAUGAGAAAAUUGAGAGAGAAGAAGAUGAUGAAGAAAUUAUCAGUUGUACAAGAUUUGGCAGAUGGGUUGAUGUCGCUAGCGGAUAUUCGAGAUGGGAAGGGGAGACUUUCGGGUCCGCUGGUGGUGUCCAGUGCUGGACUUUUAUCAGCCAUCAUCAGUACUCAUAAGAACUGGUUGUCUUGUUGAGUCCGGUGGAAGAGGGUGAGUUUCAAUUUCAGUGGUUAAAUAAUGAACUUAAUUUAGGUGCCCAUGGUGAGAGUUCAUGGGAGAGAAACAUGGUAAAGUGACCCUAUAAGAUUUUUUAUUUGGGGGGUUCUUAAUCAUACAUCUACUUUCAGGAAUAAAAAGCCACACCAAUCACUAUUCUGCUUUUCUAAGUUUUAUGAAUUAUUUAUUAAUGGCUUUACGGAUUAUCUACCAUCUGGGUAUCUUAAUCCCUGUAACUGUGUCAGCUGUGAUGAGCAGGAAAUAUUUGACUAGUGUAUAAAUGGUUCUGGCUAGAAUUUCACAUCUCAUUUUCUUUUGAUACCCUUUAGAAAUAUUUCUAUUCAAGCAAUUAGCCUAAUUAACAUUUUACUGUAUA